CAACAUGCAUAUGCACAUUACAACAUGCAUGUCAACAUGCAUAUGCACAUUACAACAUGCAUGUCAACAUAAUAUACAACAUGCAUAUACACGUUGACAUGUAUCUACACGUUACACAAUUAUUAUCAAGUCAAUAAUAAUUAUAUGGCAUGUGCAUGUAUACUUACACAUUACGUACACAUCACAAUAUGCAUGUAUCCGGAUAUUGAGAGUAAUUACACUGUAAUUUUGUAGGCAGAAAGGGUGGAGUCUAGAUUAUGUGGUCAUUGGGUCAAAGUGCAAGUGCUCAUUAUAUUAUAAUAGGACGAGCACAAUAAAUUUAUAUUAUCUCGUUGGCGCAAGUAAUCUUGUCAGCCAUUUAUAUCACAGCUAUAGCUAUAGCUAGCUUAGAGUCUGAUACACUGUCGGUACAUCUUCUUCCUUAUCUUUCUCGCCUCCAGAUUUAGAGAGUUUUAUAUUUAGAAGCCCACUCUCCACGUGUCGGUGCAUGUGGAGUGGGCUUAUAUUUUUACCGCGCAUGCACAAUAAAGAUGUCACACCUACUAACAAACUAAUUAUUGCGGCGUCUUUUCCAGCUCAAAUUGGAGUCUUGUGGAGGAGUCAUCCAUAAUUAAUGUUAUGUGUGCCAACCAGUCUAUACAUUAUAUGGACAUGUAUAUGCAUAUUAUUGGGUGUAAGUGUAUAAUUAUGCUGCCGGAGGUCAUAAUUAUUGACAUCCCAUGCAGCAUAAUACUGUAAAUGUGCAUAUGCAUGUUGACAUGCAUAUUGUAACGUGCAUAUGAAUGCACACGUGUGUACAUUGUCAUAGUCAUUUUGACACAGAUAACACCCCAUAGUGGAUUGCAGUGCACUUGCAACAGAAAAUUGCCAAACAGCAAAACCACCAGAUAUGAAUUUCAUUACCAAUAAUAAUUGUAAGGUCAGCUUGUACUUUUAUUACAAUAGCAGAAUCUCAUUGAACAUCUGCUUAUUCCUAAAGGUGUACGCAGGUAUGAGCAAAUUUAUUGAAUGUACAAGCUGGGCCCGGGGGAAUUCAAUAGCCCAAAAAGUGCUCAGUCAUACACCUCCAUGCGAUUAUAUAAAUAUUCUCAGGGCACUCCUAUUAGUCUCCCUCACAGAAUGGAUACUUUGAUAUAGCAUUCUUGAAAAGCCUUGAACAUAGAAAUGCAUGAAAUACAUUUCAAGAAUGCUUGACUGACUGCAUGUACAGUGUACAAAUGUCAUGCAUGUUAAAUCGUUCUUGGGGGGGAGGGGGCAAGGUUCAAUGGGUGUUUAGAAAAGUGGUUGUCAUUUUAGUUGGCUCUAUGCUUUCUACCUGUAAUAAAGUCAAAGUUUAAGUAAAAAAGUACUCUCAUAAUAAUUUUAAUUUUAUCUGAUUGUUGUUUUGCUGUUUGGAAAUUUUCUGUUGCAAGUGCACUGCAAUCCACUGUAACCCACAGUGAUUGCAUCUGUAGUAUACUGUUGUGAGCAUAUUCAUAGCUCUCCUUAAAAAACAGGUGAUUCCUAUAAGCUAGCUAUAGUCACUACAAGUUGCCAAAAAGCACAGUGAAUAGAUAGCGAUGCAUGGUCUUAGUCUAGUUGAAGCUCUAUUGGUGGCACUAGUAGCUAUUGUCUCCGCUAACUCAACAUGUAUUGGUGACAGAGAGUACCAUCGUUUAGAAGCAUCUCUUCUUAGGUGGCCGCAAAACGUGGUGAAUUUGAGUGAAGCCUUCUUUCCGACUAAUCGACAACAAAGCAUUUCAGUUCAAGUUGCUUACCAUUUUAAUGGCUCCAAUGAGACGGUGCGCUAUCGAUGGCUGGACUCACCGAUCAACCUGCUGAUUCGAAGCGAGCUCCUCCACUUCUUAGCUCUCACUAUGUACCAGGUAGAGCUACGCUAUGCUGAUGUCACUAUCGAUCCAAUCUGUGAUUUCCGCUCAGAAAAGGACAUUAGCGGCGAUCCAGAUUUUAUUUGUCGUCCAAACAAUCUUACUGAUCACCAUCUACUAAAUAAUCUGACAGUGAAUCUGCUAUCGUAUGCAAAGCAUCGUAAUAUAGAAAGAACAAAUGGCUUUGACUCAAGUACGGAAAGUGGUUACUCCGUGUACGUGUUUGGCUCUGAUUUAAGUGAUUAUUGCAUAUUUGAUGAAGUAGGUCCCUUUCGAAAUUUGAGAAUCCUUCUGUGGGCUUCUUUUGGAGCACUUGAAAUAGCCGUUACAUUUGCAGCACCAUUGAUAAUGAUUAGCGUUUACCAUGACUUUAAAAGAAAGAUGAACGAUGACAAGUCACGCUUAAGAUAUUAUGUUUGGGCAAUGAUUGUGGUAAUGACACUGUUGAUUGGACCGAUAUACGCAUGCAAUAGUUUGGCCAUAUCCAGUGGCUCCUACUUUGUGGAUGUAAGAGUCGAAACUUACUGUUUAAUUGUUUUUCUUGUUGCUUUACCCAUUUUGGAUUUUGUAUGGGCAGUUAUAGCAAUAGCUGUAUUUGAAUUCUUUGAAAAAGCUGCAUUGAAUGAAAAAGCUAUUUGUCUUGAUUGCUACUAUGUCAACUGCCUUUGUAGACACACGGAUUAUUACUUCAUUGAUUCAGAAGAGAAUGGCACUAGGACGCAAUAUUUGAACAAUAAUGAACUGAAUGAAGAUCAACGCAAUGAUCACAGCGAUGAUGAUGAAAGUGAAGUGAAAACUCGUCAGCAUUUGAACACGCGACUGAAUGAAGAUCAACGGAAUGAUCACAGCGAUGAUGAUGAAAGUGAAGUGAAAACUCGUCAGCAUUUGAACAAGCGACUGAAAAAAUAUGAACGUAAACUAAUGAUAAAAUUGGUGCUUAAGAAUGGAUGCCACCUUGCUUCAAUAGCAUUCAUCACUUUGUUUGCUCAACUUACUCUCUUCAAUUCAGUUUUUAUAUCCUUUGCAGUUAUAGCUGCACCGGUUGAAUCUGGCUCUCUGUUGUUUUUGUACCUCUCAAGCCUCUUUGCUUUAAUUUCAGUGUUAGCCACUGGUCUGAAAAUAGUACACAAGUUUCAAACCAGCAAACAAAUUUGUAUUGCAUUAAUUUUGCUUUUCUUCCUUAUGGUUGGCGUUGCUGGUGGUGUUGGGGUAUUUGUUAGUUUCGUCUACAAAUACACUUUACUGAUUCAAGAAUAUAGAAACAGCCGUGGAGUAAUUGCUUUUCUAGGACCUAUUGUUCCUUCAGUUCUUGCGACUAGUGUGGGAGGAAUUUUUACCACAAUUAUUCCUUGUAUCAAGAAUCCUCCUCCAAAAGAUGUUUCCCCUCCAAAAGAUGAUAGAAAUAAAGAUGAUCAGAAAAAAGAUGAUAGUGCAGCAACAAAAGAUAAAGAUAAUCAGAAAGAAGAUGAUUCAAAAGGAGAUGGUGUAGCAAUAAAAGAAGAAUCCUCUGCUGCUUCACUUGAGGCUACUUCACCCCCAUCAGUGGGAGGUGAAGGUUCUACAGAAAUAGAGGUGUUGGUUGACAACAACUAGUGACUUAUCAGCCAUGGAGCUGUAUUACCAUUGUUUGUUUACAUUAAUACGUACUGCAUUCAUAAUUAUAUACCCUUAUGAUUUAUGUCAUUAUUAUGUGUAUGUGUGUGCACUUGACUAAUGUGUACAUUGUUUACUUAGUUAAUUUGUACUGUAGCUAUGGUUUCUGUUAUAGGUAUGUUAAGUAGGUUAAUUACUUCCUGUGGAGCAGAGCCUCCUUUUGUGUUAACAAUAGAUUCUUUGUUGUAAAGAGGCCCUGCGCGUCUCUCUUGUUUUUGGUGCAUGCAUGUAUGAUCUCUGUUUUGUCAGUUGUUACUUUUGUCUAUCGUUAAA